AUGCUAUCACUCUUGCUUAUAGGGAAGAAACUACCCGUUGAUGUAAAAGGAAUGAUCUCCAGCAUUCUCCAGGUCGUGAUCGCACCAAUUGCUGCAGGAUUGCUACUAAACAAUUGUGUCUUCUUCUUCUUCUAUAGAUUGUUCCCAAAACUAUCCAAUGCGAUCAGACCGUUUCUCCCAGUUUUAUCGGUUCUUGACACGGCUUGCUGCGUUGGAGCGCCACUCGCGUUGAACAUAAACUCGGUUAUGUCUCCGUUUGGAGCAACCAUACUUUUGCUAGUAACAAUGUUCCAUCUCUCAGCUUUCUUCUCUGGAUACUUCCUCACCGGAUCAGUCUUUAGAAACGCUCCAGACUCUAAAGCCUUGCAAAGAACAUUGUCCUAUGAAACUGGAAUGCAGAGUAGUCUUUUGGCUCUAGCGCUGGCGACUAAGUUCUUUCAAGAUCCUCUUGUUGGGAUUCCUCCUGCAAUAUCUACGGUGGUAAUGUCAUUGAUGGGGUUCACACUCGUUAUGAUAUGGUCUAGCGAAAAAGAGCUAAGCAUUUAAACAAUGUAAAAUUCUUAAUUUAUGUAAACUUCUUGUAACAUUUAUAAGAAAUAGAUUACACCAUAAAGGAUGGUUUGAUUAUAAACCCAGUUUAAAUUAAACUACAACUUCAAAUUUGUAAAAGAACGAGUCUUUAGCCAUGGACGCUGGUCUAAACCCAGACCAUUCCUCCUCAGGGCCUGUGUCUCAACCAAAUCCAAAAGCUAAUCCCGUUAAACUAUGACCCCAUUCUUUUAUAGCUGAUCAUUUAUUCAACGUCAAAGACUCUAAACCACCUACAGUAUCUUGUCAAAAUUCUAGGCCAGCUUCAGCCUCUACAUGUUGUCACCACAUCAUCAGUCUUUAUCACCAUGAUUGCAUAUCUGGGGAGUUAAGCCAAUGCAUAAGUACGUAAGCAUUCUUCUUGUUUCUGCAAGUGACUUUGCCCUCAAUUGUAAUCACCUUCAGCAAGUCAUCUUGCGCUCUGAGUUUGUAUUUUGAACUUUUCUUUCUACCAUUAUACAUCUCUAUUCGCCUUACAACAUUGAGACUCAAGUAAACUUUUAUUUUGGUAAUGGAUAGAGCAUAUAAGGUAAUAUGCAGGAAGUCUUUAGAUAGAAGUCCUUAAGCUUUAUUUAUGACAAUAAAAAAAAAAUAGAGAUUGACUAUAACAUAUUUUUCUUUAUUAUAGCAUUUAGAAAUGAAUAUAACAAUAUAUAGAAAAUGUUCUUAUCUUAUACAUUACAUAUUAAUGUUUUGUUUGUCAACAUGGUGGGUCUGAUUGAGUGUUUAUUCAGUUAUUAUGGAUGGUAUUUCACAAUAUAAUUAUAUAAAUAUCAAUAGUUUUAAUUAAUUUGAUUAAUAUAAUAUGUAAAGUUGGGUUGGUUAAAUAUUCUUGUGCUUUUGAUUUAUUUUGAGAUUUUGUAAGUUUUAGUA